AUGCUGAGUGCAGACAGUGUGAAAGUGGCAGUCCGUGUUCGCCCCUUUAACCAGAUGGAGAAGGAUGCAGGAAGCCGUUGCAUUAUCUCCACGGUUUUAAAUAGCAUCACAGUUUGUGAUCCCAGAAAUCGGAACAACACCAAAAGUUUUACAUUUGACCUGUCCUAUUGGUCACACAGUGCAUUUAUUAAAAACGAAGAGGGAAUUCUUAUUCCAGAUGGACCUACUAGCAGAUACGCAGACCAGAGAAGAGUGUUUGAUGAUCUUGGCCAAGAAGUGUUGAACAAUGCGUGGAAGGGAUACAAUGCUACACUGUUAGCCUAUGGUCAGACGGGCUCAGGAAAGAGUUACUCUAUGAUCGGUUAUGGUCCAGACAGAGGGAUAAUCCCAUUAACUUGUGAUGAGUUGUUCAAAGCAAUCAAACAAAAUCAAGAACAUGAUAAACAGUACCAGAUUUAUUUCAGCAUGUUGGAAAUCUACAAUGAAAAGGUGAUUGACUUGUUAUCCAAGAGUAAACAGCCUGGAGGUCUAAAAGUGCGAGAAAGCCCCCAAAAGGGUUUCUAUGUGGAAGGUCGAAAGUCCGUGCCUUGUGAAAGCUACGAUCAGGUUGAACAGUUGAUGAAGGAAGGAAAUAAGAAGAGGAUCACAGCCUCCACCAAUAUCAACACGACCAGCAGUCGUUCACACAUGAUCAUCACCAUCCAAUUCAAACAGGUAUUUUUAAAAGACCACUUAACAAAACAGUCUGACAUAAAUUUGGUGGAUUUGGCUGGCAGCGAGAGGCAGAAGACCUCUGGUUCCGAGGGGGACCGGCUGAGAGAGGGAACCGCCAUCAACCUCAGCUUAACUACGCUGGGCAAUGUCAUCAGUGCCUUAGCAGAAAUAGCCAUGGGGAAGAAGGUGCUACAUGUGCCAUAUAGGAACUCCACGCUUACCAAACUACUGCAAUCAGCUCUGGGAGGAAACAGUAAGACUAUGAUGAUUGCAACAGUCAGUCCAGCUGACAGCUGCUAUGAGGAAACACUUUCAACAUUACGUUACGCUGAAAGGACUAAGAAUAUCCAGAACAAGGCGGUAGUAAAUGAAAAUCCAACAGAACGACCCUUAUUGGAGCUGAGGGCAGAGAAUACCAAACUGCGAUCAAUGAUCACGUUCCCCUAUCUGUCGAAUGUCAACGUGGACCCACAGCUCUCUGCCUUUGUCAAGCUGUUCAUUCAGGAUGGUACUGGCCUCUCACCCUGUGUUACUCCAGCAACAGUGAAGGAACGGCAAUAUAUUUCCAGGUCAGGAUGUGUUGCUGAUAAACACGCCAGCAUCACAAACCUAGACAAUCAAGUAACUCUGGAGCCACAUGGACAAGCUAAAGUGACUUUAAACGGGGUCCUUGUCCUUACUAAAGUUCAACUUAGACAUUUGGACCGAGUUAUUCUGGGAUCCAACAGCACUUAUCUUUAUGUGGGAUUUCCGAGCGAGCGGAAUUGUGAGGAGGACUUCAGCAAAUACGACUAUGAUUUUUUCCAGUCCGAGCUGGCAGCAGUAGAAGGUUUUGACAGAGAUGCGCUUGGUCCUGCCUGUGGGAACAAGAAAGUAGAUCCGAGUGUGCUUGCUGUGUUCCUUGAUUACAUCAGGGUGAAGCCUAUGGUUGUGGAAGCGAACCAGAUCAGUGAAGAGUUAAACAAGGAUCUAAAGUUUGAAUUGGAAGUGAAGAACUUGGCAUUAACAGACUCCAGGGGCCAAGACUUGGUAAAGGAGGUGAUGGUGAAAGUGACAAAUAAAACGACUCAUCAGGUGUGGGUCUGGUCAAGGGCUAAGUUUGUGAACAGGAAGUUCAUCAUGGAGGACAUAUAUCAGCGUUUUAUUGAUGGAGAGAACAUUUCUCUGGAUAGAGAGAAUGAUCCAUUCUGGGACCCUAUUGAGGCAGUCCAUUUAGGUACUGCAUAUGUCUGGCUUCAGUCUCUGAACUAUUGUAUUGCACUGGAAGAACAUGUAGAAUUUCACAAUUCCCAGGGCGAAGAGGAGGCCAUCUUACAGAUGAACCUGUUGCCAUGCACCCCUAUUGGACAACCUCUAGGUGAAGAUGAGAUCCUUAUAGAUCCCACAGAGUUAGUGGGCCAGAGGAUAGAUUUUCAAGUUCAGAUCACUCAAUGCCUGGGAAUCAAAUGGCUGAAACAGAACAUCGAGAGAGGAAUUCAGAUUCGGUAUCAUGUAUUGAACCACCCACGCCCUUUCCACACCAAACCUGUCUGGAACACUGUAAAUGCCAGAAUAGACCAAGUAAUGCAGUUCACUGUCAAAAGUGUGUCACAGGAACUGCUGAAUUAUUUGCAAAACCAUGCCCUGGUCCUGGAUCUGUGGGGCCUACAAGAAGGUUGUAUUGGAAUCAGUUCCUCUUUGGAUGAGGUUGAACUCACUGAUGAAGGCAGCAUCAUUAUUGACGAUGUAAGACCACGACUGCCCAGUAGUGUGGAGAUGGGCGAUGACCAGCUCUCCGAACUUUACAUCAAGUUAUCGAAGUUAGAGCAAGAGAUUGAACUUCUGAGAGAUGUCAACAGAACCUUAAGAGAAGACAAUGUUACCAUGAAGGACACCUUAAAGAAAAUGAUAAGUGAUGCCCCAAAGAAGUCUCUCCAGCAUAUGAACAUACAAGCCUUUGGCAGUAAGGGUACACCCAAGGCCAGUUAUGAAGUUGAAUUUGCCAAGGCUCUUAAAGCAUUUUACCAAAACAUGAACAGGGUUCGAAGCCAACUGCUGGGAUUGAGGCGGCAUCGACCACCGGAUGAAGAUGAUGUCCACAGAUUGCGAAUGUAUCUGGACAAGCAAACUCGGGUAAUAAAGGACUUGGGAGAUUCCUUUGAAUUGUGCAUGAACACUCUGAAGAAUGACAUCAGCCACAUUGUUAAGAAAAAGAAGGAGCACACCUUGUGGAGCUCUGUGACAAAGUGAAGCCAGCUCUAUGCUCU